UAGCUCGGCGUUUCAAUCGUCCCGCGCGGACCUUCCCGUUAGACCCCAGUGGAAAGGCGGGGUGUGGACAGGCGAGGUGUGGAAAGCCGAGGUGUGGAAAGGCGAGGUUGGCUCAAGAGCAUGGAGGCAACGACUCGUUUCGCGGGGAAACCACAUCAUCCCGCGCGUCCCCGCUCCCUCUCUCCCCCGAUUUGAGUAUAGAGCCUCGAAAAUAGAUCCCGCGGUCUCCUCUCCCGCUCUACCCCGAUUUUCCGCACCAUCGUGUCAUUUUACUGCCCUUCAGUCGUAGACUUUGCGAAAUACACCAAAAACAUCCCUCCACAAAAAUAUAACAUUUCCCUAGUCCCCCUGCGCGAGGUCAUUUGCGGCAGCAUUCAGAGUUCGGACGCGAGGCUACUGCGAAAGGUUAUUUGAACUUCUAAAAAAACAUACAGAGUUAGGGCUCGAGACUACUGCGAGGCUACUGCUACCUGUUACAGCGCGGUCUGUUCCGAAUAUCGAGUCCUUGUUGCUAGGAUCAAUCAACCCAUCUCCUAGGACCAAAAGUCAACAGCACGCCAAGUACAAACACGCCAAACACGCGGGCCCCGUGGAACUAUUCGGGGCGGCAGCUGCGGAAAGAGGGAAGGAGCAAUUGCGGCAACUAUCCCUACUACACGUCAACAAACGCGCCAGACACGCGGACCCCCAGGGUCCCUGGGUCGUGAGGCUUUUUGCGGCAGACACUCGAACCCGUGAAGCUUGUCGGAAUCAUUCGGGCUGGUGGCUGCGCAAAGGGGGAAGGAGCGAUUGUUUACGGCACGUCAACGAACUCGCCAGACACGCGAAUCCCAAGGGUACCAGGAUCGUGGGCUUGUUGCGCCAGACACGCGAAUCUAGUGCACCCAACCAUGGCGGUGCCUCCGUCUUCCGUGCCUAUGGGCGCGUGGACGACCGGCCUCUGCGGCUGCAUGGAGGACCGCGGCUCGUGUUGCUGCGCCCUCUUCUGCCCGUGCGUCAUCGUCGGGCGAAACGCCAAUAUCGUUUCGGACGGAAACACAGACUUCGGCACUGCCUGCUGCCUCUGGUUCUUCCUCGAGAUUCUACUCGGUCUCGGCUGCUUCUAUUCCUGCGGCUUCCGCCAGAAGCUGCGGCAGAAGUACAUGCUGCCAGCCAAGCCGUGCGGCGACUGUUGCGUGCACUUCUACUGCUUCUUCUGCGCCAUCUGCCAGGAGUCCCGCGAGCUCAAGAACCGAGGCUGGGAGCCCAGGCUUGGCUAUUCCGGCAACACGAGACGCUUCAUGGCUGCGGGCAAGGCGCCGCCUACUGGACAGCAGAUGGCGCGCUAAACAGCGACCAAGAGGAGAUACGGCAGGCAAAAAGCAACAGAAGAUAUGACAUUGGUGGAGAAUUCACGAGUAAUGUCUACAGGCGUCCAGCAUCAGCCUUGUACUAUUAAAGUGGUUUCGCAUGGGAAGCGUGUUGAGAUUACUCCAACAAGGGCAAGUUCUGUCCAUGGCUGCCGGCACCCCUGAAGCCUCACCGCCUUCUUGUUUUCCCUGCUUACGUGUGUCCUCCCUUCCGUUUAUGGUUCUAUUCCAUAACAGUAAGCCGUAACAAGCUCAUUGUGGACAGUUGUGCCUUGUGACAUAGAUGCUGUAUGAAACCGUGUGCAUAGACUACAUAGGGUCAGACCAUAG